UUGAUUUUCGCGCUGGGUCAGCGAGUGAAAAGAUGCCUCUGGUGAGUAUCCUGCGCAAGGCGUCGAGCUACGUGCUGGGCGGCGAGGAGGAGCAGCAGGAGGAGAGUGGCACAUCAUUGGAGGACAAUGAGAUCAUGUUCUGCAAGAACAACGUGUGUGUCCAUCCGCCCACGGUGGUGAGGAGCGAGUACGACGUUCUACACCAUCCGGGCUACUUGACGGUGGCCAGCAAGACGUUCAUCGAUCAGCACACGAACGCCAAGAGGCAUACACUGCUCCUCACCUGGAUUCCCAACUCCACGCUGCGGAAGUGCCCAGCCACCAUUGAGAAGGUCAGUCUGCGCGGGGAGAUUGAUGAGCAGGAGCUGUGCAGGGAGCUGAGUCAGAUGAGCGAGGUCUCGGUGACGAUCAACAGCAAGAAUCCCUUUGCCAGCGAUAUGAUGAGCGUCAGCAAUGGCUACACGUCUGACUACUCAGAGACGGUCAGCGUGAGCUCCAGCAGCGACAAGAUGGAGAGAGAUUCCGUGCUGGGCAGCGAGGAGAACGACAAGACAGAGCAGGACGUUGAUCCGGAGGUGGAGGAGUCGAAGAAGGAGUUGAUAAACGAGCUGCAACCACUUCUGGACGGCCCAGAACCUGUCCUGCCGAAGCCACCGCUUCAGCUCACCAGCGUGAACAUCACGAUAGCCAAUCCUCGGAUUGAGAAUGUGGACAUCUCGCCGACUGAUGGGCUGAUUGAGAAUCCCCAGCUAGCGGCCAGGUUCGCACGAUCUCUGAGCGAGGAGAGCAACAAUCCGCACUGGAUGACACCCGAGAUGCUCGCCUUCAGGCACAAUCUCGCCUUUCCCGAGACAUCGGCCACCAGUUCACCUGUCGUGCACCGCCGGACUCCGAUUGUCCUCAAGUGCCGCCGCUUUUCCGUGGAUCUCAGUCAGAUGCGCUCCUUGAGGCUCUUCUUCAGCGACACCGAGUGCACAUCCGGCCAGCUGGUGAUUGCGUCGCGGGAGUCGCAGUACAAGAUCCUACACUUUCAUCACGGCGGACUAGAUCACCUGGCACAGGUGCUCCACCAGUGGCACAGCGUGCUGCACAACAUUCGGUUGGCGCAGGAGGACCUCACCUGUCCCUACCGGCAGUUCAUGGUGUGCCGGCCCGAGGUGCGCAAGUCUGAGCUGCAUCCAGAGGAGGGCAACGUGAGCAAGAUCACCACUGACUACUUCUACGGAACACUGCUGAACAAGAAGGGCCAGAUUGAGGACGAUCUGCUACUGCGGAAGUGCGUUUUCUUCGGUGGGCUAGAGAAGAAGCUGCGCAAGACAGUGUGGCCGUUCCUGCUGCAGUGCCACUCCUUCUACUCCACCUUCGAGGACAGAGCCACGCUGGCCGAGAUUCGGCGGCAGGAGUACGAGGAGCUGACCAAGAGGCGCCUCUACUCCAUGUCGCCGGAGGAGCACGCCCACUUCUGGCGCACCGUGCAGUGCGUGAUUGAGAAGGACGUGGUGCGCACGGAUCGCGGGAAUCCCUUCUUCGCCGGCAACGACAAUCCCAAUAUUGAGAUCAUGAAGAACAUCCUGCUGAACUACGCCUUCUACAACCCGAACCUAUCACAGGCCAAUUUCAGGUACACGCAGGGCAUGAGCGACCUCCUUGCGCCCGUUCUGUGCGAGAUCAAGAACGAAUCCGAGACCUUCUGGUGCUUCGUGGGUCUCAUGCAACGAGCCGUCUUCGUCUGCCAGCCUCUGGACAAUGACAUCGAUAGGAAUCUGAGCUACCUGAGAGAGCUGAUCCGCAUCAUGAUCCCGCCAUUCCACGCGCAUCUGCAGAAGUUCGCCGACGCCACUGAGCUUCUGUUCUGCCACCGAUGGAUUCUGCUAUGCUUCAAGCGCGAGUUCACUGAGGCCGUGGCCAUCCGGAUGUGGGAGGCGUGCUGGUCAAAUUAUCUCACCGACUACUUUCACCUAUUCCUCUGUCUGGCCAUCAUCGCCGUGUACGCGGACGACGUGAUCGCCCAGGAUCUGCGCACGGACGAAAUGCUGCUCUACUUCAGCAGCCUCGCGAUGUACAUGGACGGACAACUGAUCCUGCGCAAGGCUCGCGGGCUGCUGCACCAGUUCAGGCAGCUGCCCAAAAUCCCCUGCACCCUGUCGACGCUGUGCAAGCGCUGCGGCCCCGGCAUGUGGGACUCUGGCCACCAUCCAGCCAUCGAGUGCAUCGGGCAUCUGGACAAUGAACACUGUGCUUUCGCUUUUGACUAAAACACCUGUGCGCCUCUUUAGCAGGUGUCGCAAGAGUUUACAAUGAUCAAACACGCAUUAAUGUCUAUUAUCUGUUGCUAUUUUCGAGACUCAAAUAAAUUAUUUCA